AUGUCCGCCAAAAAGUAUGCGUUUGUUUCUAUGGACCAUGCAGAUGAUGCAGAGACGAGAGGAGAAAAGAAAAGCAGGACACAAAGGAGAACCAAGAGUCACAGCUCUUUAGGCCAAUCCCAGUCGCAUCGGAGCCGAUCGCGGUCUAAGGAACGAGAGCCGAGGAAGCACUACAGCAGCCGGGCCAGAACAACACGACGAAACGAACGCCGAAACGAUGAAUUUGACGAUCGCUGGGAGGAUGAGGGGCUAAUAUCAGAAAGGGAAGACCUACAGCAUGACACGGAUGAGUUUCCAGAAUCUGCACCAAAGCGUCUUAAAUUGAGCGAGCGGACUCUUCAACAAUCUGGCUAUGGGCGGGCAGAAUCGCAGACAGGAAAUCAUGGAAUUGGGGAGGAAAAGGGACACUUGGAACCAGACCUGACUGACCAUGGCGACUUACCUGCGAUCGCAAAAGAGGAGUUAGCGGCUCAGCAAGACCGCGCCGAGAGGGAAGCCUUCACAGAUCGACUGAAAGCUCGGGAUGAUGAUCGUUCCAAAAGAAAGAGCACAGGUAUGAACGAAUCUGCGUCUGGGAGACAGUUGGGAGAGGAUGCCAAAGCACGUAGCGAGGCGGCCCCUGAACUGCGGCAACGCGCGCGCCAAGAGUACCUGAAAAAGCGCGAGACAGAACGCCUGGCCCUAUUGCGGAAGCAGGUCUCAGAAGAGACUUUGGAGUUGCGAAGCGGUGCUCCCCUGUCAGAACGAGAGAAAGCUGAGUUUGUAAAAAACCGGGAGAUUUUGCGGCUUGCAGAAGAACGACUGCGCAUUGAUGACCACUUGGACGGCUACAAGAUGCCGGAGGACUAUAUUACUGAGAAAGGAAAGAUCAACAAGAAGCAGAAAGAAGAGGCACUUUAUAAGCGAUACGUUGACAAGGACGAGUACGGACAGGAGAAAUUUGUCACGGAGUAUGAAGAGUGGGAACGUGAGCAGGCAACCAAAGCGAAGGCGCAAAUCCAGGGCCGUGAACGCGGGAACGAAAACCAGUACGACUUUGUUCUCGAUGAGGCACAGUACAUUGAUUGGUCACUCGAUUCACGCCUACCUGCUGAAGGCAAGGGCUUGUCAAAGGAGCAGCUAUUCUUACAAGCUCAGAUUGAUGCGGCCGAGAAACGCCAAUUGUCGAUGCAAGAGACACGCAAAUCCUUGCCUAUAUUUGCAUAUCGCGAUGAAUUCUUGGCUGCUAUGGAAGAGCAUCAAAUUCUCGUGAUUGUCGGCGAGACAGGCAGUGGAAAGACAACACAGCUCCCGCAGUAUCUCCACGAAGCUGGGUUCACCAAAGGCGGCAUGAAGGUUGGCUGCACACAGCCGCGGCGUGUAGCGGCUAUGAGUGUAGCAGCUCGUGUCGCGGACGAGAUGGGCGUCAAGGUCGGCAGGGAAGUCGGCUACGCCAUUCGGUUCGAAGAUUGUACAAGCGACAAGACAAUACUGAAAUAUAUGACGGAUGGCAUGCUACUUCGAGAAUUUCUCACGGAGCCAGAACUUUCAGGAUACUCUGCCAUUAUGUAG